AUGCCUGUUUUUUGUUCUCCCCCCUUCUUCCAACAACCGCCACCUCCACUGGGCCCUAACAGGCCGGAUUGUGAAGAGGGGCGCGGUGUGGGGCUUGGACGCGUGUCAAGGGGGCUUUCACACACACACACACACAUGACAUUUUCAAAGGGAGGAGGGGAUGAGGCAGACGGCAAACAGGAGCUUGUCACCAACCGCAACUUAGGGGACGCGCGUACGCUGUAUGGGUCCAGUUUGCCCCUCUCCACCCGCUGCCUCCUUCCCUUCAUCAUGCUCGAAAAGGGGGUGAAGCUCUCACAGACUACUGCCGACUGCUUGGCGAGUGUCACGUGUGCGCACGUGCAACGACCACAACUCAGGCUCACGUGUGUGCACCAUUCACGAGAGCGCGCGCGCGCUCGCGCGCUUCCCGAACUCGGUCAAUCAAUCGGUAGGGCCUCUCUUGCCCCCUGCUUGGCUUCCCAAGCUCGCGCCAGCGAGUUUUCGAGCAACGCACUUGUUGUGAUGGAGUGUCUUCCGGCUUCAAUAACGCUGACUGUGGUCACUGGGAGGCAGCAGAAGGGAGGUGGUGGUGGUGGUGAUGGCAACGACGCAAGAGGGGAUUCUACUCUACAGCCUGCCAACUUUUGA